AUGGACGCCCUCCCAGCUCAGAGCCGGCCAGCAGAGUCGAAGAGCGCGAAGAAGAAGCGUGCGAAGGCCGAAGGUGGCGCCAACGGCUCCGUCUCCCUGACCGCCGUCCCUAACAUGAACUCCAAGGAAGACUCCAGUGUGGACGCCAAAGCGGACAGCGACGGCAGCUAUGAGCACCCCUACAUCAAAGAGCUCAACAAGCAGAUCCGCAAUACGCACAAGAAGCUCGGAGGCAUGCAGAAGGUCGAUGCCGUCAUGGCCGAGAACCCGAACACCUCCCUCGAUGACCUCGUCGCCCAGCGCAAGAUCAACAACGACCAGAAGGCCUCCGUCCUCAAGAAGCCUCAGCUGCAACAGCAACUCGCCCAGCUCGAAGAGCAGAUCUCCCAGUACCGCAAGUUCGCCGCCGAGUUCCAAGACCAGCUGUCGAAGCAAAAGGAGGAUCUGACGUCACAGCAUGUUAAGGAGGUGGAGAAGCUGAGGGAGGAGCUGAGCAACGAGGGCAAGACUGUUGGGUUGGUUGAGCUCCGUAGCAAGCUGCUCACCCUCUCGCAAUUCCUUCGUCUUGCUGCCGCGAAGCGUGGCGUGCCCGAGGAAGCGGAGACCCAAGAGGGGUACGCAUUCGAGGGUGCCUUGCUGGGCGUGUACGGAGGAGAUGAGAAGGCUGUCGACACUGCGCUGAAGUUGAUCGACGGCGCCGACGAGCAGGUGCCGAACGUUGAUGGCCACCCAACCACUGUCAAGUACUCCGAGAUCAAGCAGUCUGCUGUCGUGCACGCGCCUUACUCUGCCGAAGAGAACUGGGUCGACUCGGUCGCUGAAGCAACUUCCGCUGGCGCGCAACCAGGCGAGACCGACCCUACCAUCGCUCACGCCGGCCUCAACGAGCUCGACACUUCCGCUCAGAGCAACGGUGUUACCCCAGCUGGUGCCGAUGAGCCCCUCACGUCUCCACCGCAAGCAGGCGCGGGUGACGAGGCGGGAAAUGCGGCUGGUGACCGCUGGGACACUGCUGUCGCCGGUGCCGAUGCCAAGGGCUCGAACGACGGCCUCGAGAUGGUCGCUCGUCCGUCCGAUGAAGUUGAUGUGCCCAACCCCUCUGGCCUACCAGCGGACGCUCUGCAGGAGAGUAGCGGCAACGCCUGGGCCGAUGAGCAGCCGGACUACAGCGACCCACCGGCCGGUUUCGUCCCAGGCGCUGGUGGUGCAGGCACUGGUGAAGUUGCAGCUGACGACGUGAAGGCUACGAUGGCCGCCGGAGAGCCGCAAGUCGAUGCUAGCUGGGCAGCUGCUUCGGAGCCAGCUCAGCCGCUCGCUGCUGGUGGUUGGGCCGACGGGGAUGCGGCUGCCGGCGCUGUUCCAGGUCAGGAGGAGGGUGAUGGCUUCCAGUCGGUGCCUGGCCGUCGCGGCGGUCGCGGUGGAAGAGGGCGUGGCGAUGGAGAGUUCAGGGGUCGCGGUCGCGGUCGUGGUGGCUUCAGAGGCGACGGAGAGUUCAGGGGUCGUGGACGUGGCGGUUUCCGCGGUGGCCGAGGCGAAGGGGAGUUCCGUGGCAGAGGCCGUGGAAUGCGCGGCGAUGGGGAGUUUCGAGGACGCGGAGGACGCGGGCGUGAGCCCGCCGGCCCUCGUGGUGGAGCUGAGGGCGCUGCUCUCGGCGCUUCCUAA